CCUGUUUGGAGAGGGACGUAGUCUUGUUAUUCCCACGGAAACUGCUACGUCAUUCAUUGCCCUCAGGUGAGGGAGAUGAGAGAACGCCGCUGGAUUCACUCCGUCAAACUCUGAAAGAACUUCAAGAACUUCUACAAUUGGACUAUUUCACCCGAACUGCCUGAAAGAGCAGCGCCUGGAUUCAAUUAUUGUUCGGAACGUCAGGCGUGCACGCUUCUGUUUGGUAGCGAAACUAUAACUAACUUUCCUGAAAUAACAUGAGUUCUGCCGUGUUUAAACAAGGAGGGAACGGGCGUCAUGAGCAGGUCAGCUUCCUGACGAAUGAACGGAAGAUGGCACCGGCACGGAAGAGGGGCAUUGCCGUGGGGGUUUUCAUUGCCCUGUUGGUAGUGGCUGCAGUGGUCGGAUUUCUUGUGUGGCUCUUUGUUGUCAGGAGCAAAGAGUUGGAAAAGGAGGCCUUACGUAAACGCAGCUCAUCCACACUGGUUUACAGCGGACAAAUGAAGCUUCUCAAACCCGAGUACAGCCCAGUAUACGAGAAUCUUGACAGUGCAGAAUUCCAACAAGUGGCAAGGGAGUUGGAAGGAAUUAUGAACGAUACAUUCACCAGAGAUCCUCUCCUUUCCAAAUACUAUACCAAGUCUGUCAUCACUGGCUUCAGUGAAGGAACCUUAGCGUAUCAUUGGUCUCAAUUUGACGUUCCUGAGGCGGACCAAGAGAUCGUCCAAGAGCUGACAGAGGAGCGCGUGGUCGAGGCUCUGCGGAGGAGCAUCCAGCAGGAGGGCAGACAUGUCGGGAGCAUUGCAGUCUCUGCCAGCAACAUCACUGCUUCAUUCACAGACCCUCGGAUGGCCAGGGACCCCAGAUCCAAGACCUGCUUUUACAGUCUCAUGGCUGACACCACCAACAAAGAAUUUACAUCUCCGGGACACCCUGGGAGAUACCCAGCUAACUCCCGAUGCCAGUGGCAGAUCCGCGCUCCUAAAGGUUACGCCAUCAUUGUCAAGUUCAGGACCUUCCACACAGAGGAUGACUGUGCCAAUGAUUAUGUAGCCAUCUAUGACUCGCUCAGUCCUGACAACACGCAUAUUAUCACAAAACAGUGUGGACUUCGACCUCCUACAAAUCCCCUUGAGGUAGUUUCUUCUGGUAACCUCAUGCUCGUCAACCUAAUCACAGAUAAGGUCCAGAAACCUGGAUUCAUAGCGGUUUACACUGCCAUUCCCGCUAUAGCUGCAGGGAGCUGUGGAGCAUCUCUGACUGCACCCACUGGAAACUUCACCUCUCCUCAUUUUCCUAGUUUCUAUCCUCCUUUGGUGGACUGCAGCUGGAAUAUCAAAGUCCUUGAUGGCAGAAAGAUAAAGCUUGAGUUCAAUAUGUUCCGUGUGAAGGAGCUGGGGGUGGACACUAGCAUCUGUCAGAAAGACUUCAUAGAGGUGUUGGGUAAAAAGUAUUGUGGAGAGAAAGGCAUACUUGUUCUCUCUAGCACCACCAAUACCUUGGAAGUGAAGUUCCAUUCAGAUGAAUCCUACACUGAUAAGGGUUUCAUGAUCAUUUACUCCUCCUUUGACCCUGUAAACCCUUGCCCUGGUCAGUUUGCGUGCACCUCUGGCUACUGCUUAAAAAAAGAGCAACACUGUGAUGGGUGGAGCGACUGCGAAGACAUGAGUGAUGAGAAAAACUGCAGCUGUGAAAACGAACAGUUCACUUGCAGAAAUGGCCUGUGUAGGCCUCAGUUCUUUGUGUGUGACAGAGCAAAUGACUGUGGUGACAAUAGUGAUGAGGAACAUUGUGAUUGUGGCAGAGCUGAGGAAAGGUGCGGGGAUGGCACCUGCAUCCCUCAAGAAUUAAAAUGCGAUGGGAAAAAUGACUGUGCGGAUGGCAGUGAUGAGGUCUCAUGUGUAUCAUCGGCUGUUAUCUGCAAUGAAUUCUCCUUCAAGUGUAAAGACAGCAAUUGUGUGAGCAAAGUGAAUGCAGAGUGUGAUCGUGAUGUGGACUGCUCAGAUGGUUCGGAUGAGCAGGGUUGUGACUGUGGAGUCCGGCCAUACAAGCACAACCGUAUUGUGGGUGGGCAGAACGCAGAUGUGGGUGAAUGGCCGUGGCAGGUCAGUCUACAUUUCCAGACCAGCGGACACGUUUGCGGCGCAUCCAUCAUCUCCAACAAUUGGCUGCUGUCCGCUGCCCACUGCUUCAUCCAGUCUGAUCCAGCCUACAAACAGAUAUCCAGCUGGCUGACGUACAGUGGUCUGCGGGACCAGAACAUCCAGAACUCCGUUCAGAAGCGCUCUUUGAAGACCAUCAUCACCCACCCAAAAUACGACUCAAUGACCUACGAUUAUGACAUCUCAGUGCUAGAACUGAGCGAUCCAUUGAACUUCACCAACACCGUGCAUCCCAUCUGCCUUCCAGCAUCGACUCACGUCUUCUGGGCCGGGAGUUCCUGCUUUGUUACGGGCUGGGGCACACUCCGAGAAGACGGAAAUGUUGCACAAAUCUUGCAGAAAGCAGAAGUAAAGGUGAUUAAUGAUACAGUAUGCAACAUGGUGACUGAAGGUCAGGUGACCUCUAGAAUGAUGUGUAGCGGCUACCUCACUGGAGGAGUGGACGCUUGUCAGGGAGACUCCGGCGGUCCUCUUGUAUGUCGUUCCGAUGUUGGCAAAUGGUUCCAGGCUGGAAUAGUGAGCUGGGGAGAAGGCUGCGCUCGGCGGAACAAGCCUGGUGUCUACACACGUGUCACCAAACUGCGGGACUGGAUCCGUGAAAUCACAACCAUAUAGUGAAGCCUGGACCUGCAGUCAUACGACAACCAAAGCAGAAGAACACGUUGAGUGCCAUGAAUAUUUAGUACAGUAUGCAAACCACCCUCACAAAAGCGAAAGUGAAUACAGCUUUGGUCGACAUUCUUUGUAAAGAAAAACUCUUUCAAAUUGAUAUUGCAUACAAUUAAGACCUCCUGGUCAUUUUCAUAAUAGCAUUUUCAUUCAGUUUGGUUCUUAUGGCUCAUGAAUGAUGUUUUUCAUAGCGGUAUCAAUCUAAAGUUGUUCAACUUUAAUCAACCAAAUAAAAAGGUUCAUAAAAUACUUGCAGAUACCACUAUAAUGAGAAUAUAUAUCACUGUGAUGUACUGUUACACUCACACUCUUUACCAACUCUGUCACGCAGUUGUAGUUCCAUCUGAUUCCUUGAACGGUAACUUCAUAAAUGGCACUUAGAGCUCAAACUGUCAUAUAAUGAGCCUGCCGGCACUUAUGACCUGCUGGAAGUCAUGUUGUUAUCUUUAUGAAUUUGUUUCUGUUUAAAAAGUCUUUUUCUUAUGCUCUAAAUGUGCCUUUGUUCAGAAGACUGGACCCUUUUUUCAGGCUUUGGAGAUGGCUUCAAUCCCUAAAAUUUUCCCCCCUUUAAGCAAAGGUCAAAAACUUCUUUGCAAUCUAGAAAUUUCUGUAAGCAUCCCACUCAGGCUGACCUUCUUUCCUCACAUCUGUGUGAUCUCGGAACCUCAGUGCCAAAGCUCUGAAAUGGAGGAUUAGGUAAAAAUAGGAUAUUUCCGUCGUCCAUUUGCCAAUACAACCAAGGCCAACAUAGGUCACUCACUUCUGCUGCAUGUUUAAGUUCCAGCCAAUCAAUGUCAAAGCCGUUGACUGAAACAACCUAGCAGGAUGGUCUCUCCUUCAAAGAGCCCCGAAUGUAUCAAGGAAUCUAUACCACAGGUUCCUCAUAGACUUGGCAGGUUUCUUUCCCAUGGAAAGUCCACUUGCUUAGUAAGAUUUUUAGGCUUUGUAGUGACUUAAUUUCCCAGGAGGUACAAGAGACGUUCGCUGUAUUUUGAGUGAUGUCAAGCAAUAGAUGCUCUAUUUAUGUACUACAGAAGUUUCAUUUAGCAUCAUGAUGUGCAAUUUGACCUAUUGAGGGUUUGUUAGACUUUCAUUUUAAGAAUUGUUUUUAAAACUGCAAUGAUUAUGUAUGGCUUUGUGUCUGGGUGACUAAAUGCGCUUUGUAUUUUUAAUGUAACUGAACUUCUUGGUUUUAUAUUUAAUAUAACACUAUGCAAGUGUUUUAAUGUAUGCAAAAUUUAUAAUGUUUUCUUGACAAUAAAAUACAUGCUGGUUUAA